GUGACCAGCACAGGACUACAAGUUCCAGCAUGCCGUGCGGGCGUGAGGCCGUACCAUACGCGGGGAGGAGGUCUGUGUUUUCUCCGGGUAAAAGCAUCGAGGUGCCGGGAAGCCGUGGUCGCCAGCAUGGCCAGAAGGGCCUUGAAACUUGUCUCUCUGGCAGCAGCCAGCUCUGGUUUCUACCUGUACAGCAGCAAGUACCUGGAUCCCAAUGAUUUUGGAGCUGUUCGGGUGGGCAGAGCCAUUGCCACAACAGCUGUUAUCACCUAUGACUACCUCACUUCUCUCCGGAGUGUCCCGUAUGGAUCACAGGAGUAUGCCUACCUCAAAUCACAGGUGCAUCUGCGCUCUGCGGAACGCCUCCGGGACCUGUGCUGUGCCAACAGAGGCACCUUCAUCAAAGUGGGGCAGCAUUUGGGGGCACUCGACUACCUUCUGCCUGAGGAAUACACUCGCACCCUGAAGGUUCUACACAGCCAGGCCCCACAGAGCAGCAUGCAGGAGAUUGAACAAGUGAUCCGUGAGGACCUGGGCAAAGAGAUCAAAGAGCUCUUUGUGAGUUUUGAGGACACUCCCCUGGGAGCAGCAUCCCUGGCCCAGGUCCACAAGGCGGUGCUGCAGGAUGGGAGGACAGUGGCAGUGAAAGUCCAGCACCCGAAGGUUCAGGCUCAAAGCUCCAAGGACAUUUUGUUGAUGGAGAUUCUCCUGCUGACCGUGAAGCAGAUCUUCCCAGACUUUGAGUUCAUGUGGCUGGUGGAUGAAGCUAAGAAGAAUUUGCCCCUGGAGUUGGACUUCCUCAAUGAGGGGAGGAAUGCAGAAAAGGUGGCCCACAUGCUCAAGGACUUUGACUUCCUGAAGGUCCCUAGGAUCUACUGGGAGCUGUCAACCAGGCGCGUCCUUCUCAUGGAGUUUGUGGAAGGCGGGCAGGUGAAUGACAGGGCCUAUAUGGAGAGGAACAGCAUUGACGUCAAUGAGAUCUCUCGCAAUCUGGGGAAGCUGUACAGUGAAAUGAUCUUUGUGAACGGCUUCGUACACUGUGACCCGCACCCGGGCAAUGUGCUCGUGAGGAAGUGCCCAGCCACCAGCAAGGCCCACAUUAUACUGCUGGACCAUGGGCUCUACCAGGUCCUGACAGAGAAGUUCCGCUUGGACUAUUGCCGGCUUUGGCAGUCCCUGAUCAAGGCUGAUAUGAAGAGGGUGCAGAAAUACAGCCGACGGCUAGGGGCAGGUGACCUGUACCCACUCUUCGCAUGCAUGCUCACCGCCAGGUCCUGGAACUCUGUCAACAGGGGCAUCGACCGGUCACCGGUCACAGCCAAUGAGGACGUGGAGAUCCGGACCAAUGCUGCUGCUUACCUACCUCAGAUCAACCAGCUCCUCAACAAUGUGCCCCGCCAGAUGCUGCUGCUGCUGAAGACCAAUGAUUUGCUAAGGGGGAUUGAGUCAGCCCUACACACACGGGCCAGUGCCAGCUCCUUCCUCAACAUGUCUCGCUGCUGCAUUAGAGCCGUCUCCACGUAUCAGAGGAGCAAGUCUCACUCCCUGUACAGAAAGGCCAAGAUCUCUCUCUUAGAAGCUCUGAGCCUGUGGCAGAUCAACUUACAUGAACUCUUCCUGCGGCUGAAGGGGUCCCGGCUGGGGAACUGGGUCAUUGCUUUCCUGAGCCGGAUGCACCAUUCUCCGUACUGACAGGAACUGGUGGGAGAAGCCUGGGCAAUUAUUGCUCGCCUCCAUUCUCCGCAGCACACUUGCCUUCCUGACCAUUCCUGUCUGUACUCCACAAAGGCUAUUGAGACGCUUUUCUUGUAACGCAUAGUGCCGGCCUUGGCUGUCAGAGCAUAAGCUUCUCUAUAGCAGAGAGGGAGGGGAGAGCAGGGGCUCUGGGAGUCAGGACUCCUGGGUUCUAUUCCAGCAAUGAGAGAGGUGGGAGUAUGAUCUAGUGGGCAGGGCAGGGGGCCUGAGAGUCUCUCUGUUCCCAGCUCUGGGAAGUACCAUUAUGGAAACAUCCUGUAGACUUGAAUAGGAAAGGAGAACCUUUUCUAGCCCCUACCCCUUUUAAACCAUCCUAUAGCAUUUAAGAGAGAUGCAUCCCUGCCCUAGAAUUCUCCAGGAUGGUUCAAACCCCCUAGAAAGUGGAAUCCAAUAGGGUUUUCAGUAGUUUGUACAGAAUCCUAUUGGUUUAAUGCCUGUGAAAUCUACAGGAAUUUUCUCUAAGGGUAGAAUGAUCUAGUGGUUAGAGCAGGGGAUUGUGAGCCAGAACUCCUGGGUACUAUUCCCAGCUCUGAGAGGGAAUGGGAACUAAUGGUGAGAGCAAGGGUCUGGAAGCGAGGAUUUUUCUGGGUUCUGUUCCCAGCUGUGCUGUGGAGUCACUGUGUCAUUUUGGGCAAGUGCUUUCCUUGCCUCAGUUUCCCCACAUGUAACAUGGAGGUAAUGCUACAAACCCUCCUCUGAACUCCUCAGGGAGCAGGUGCUGUGGAAUCUCAUCUGAGAACUCACAUCUUGUGGCGGGUGAUGUAUGUGCACUGUACUGUACUGUCGCACAGGAAAAUAAAUAAGAUGUCAUGUUAGAGUCCUGCAGGGGGAGAAGUGCAUGGCUACCCACCCCUUUCACCCCAGCCCCAGUUUUAGUUUUCCCCUUCUCUGAGCAUGACAUGUCACUCUGUGCCAUUAGUUCCUUACUAACCCAAUCCACCGCUGCUCUAUUCUCUCCACCACCUCUCCCCCAUCUGACGGACAUAGUCCAGCUCAAGGUCAGCUGCUGCUGAGUCAGGCAUGUGUUGCCGUGGGGGUGAGGGCACCCGCCUGGAUGACUCACCACUGUUACCCCACACAUUCAUGCACAGCUAGUCCCCCUCCACCCCCCAGCCACGGGAACGUACUGCCAGAGCAUUACACGUGGAGUGGCUCGGCUCAGAACUGCUUGUGACGUUGUGCAGCUCCUGGCUCAAAUGGAAACCUGUCACUUGCUUGGUGUAUGGGCCUGAUCGCUCUGAGCCCAUAACCCGGACACAAGCCCCAGAAAGCCUUGCGCAGAAGCCUCACUUCUGCCACGUGUUGCCAGGCUCUCCUCCCACAUGCCUGCUUUCUUUGGAGCUUCCUGAAAACAGAAGUGAUGGACAGAGACUCAGUGUGGUCAGACUUGUGGGGUCCUCCCCAUACCGCCAGGGUAGGCUGAAGAGGGGAUGCUGGGAAACAAACUGCCCAUGGGAUGAUGGAAAGGGAUGGGCCUUUCAGGCUGCCCCAUGGACCAUCUCUGCAAGGGGCACAAAGGGGCGUGUUUGAGAAGCUUGCACUGUCAACAGAUUUGACUGAGUGAGGUUCUUGUCAGCAUGGGAGAGCGAGGCCUGGGGAGGGGCUGCAUGUGAAAGAGAAUGGCUUCCUGGUUGGUAUGACUCUGAAAGCCCAGCCAUGGAGCAUGUUUGUUCACGUGAGAGGGAAUGCGUGUAUGACUGCUGGGGAGUGUCAACCUGUGACACAGGGCAUGUGG